UAUCUUGGUAAUAUUUUCAAAGAGUAUAAACGAAGAAAGCAAAAAAAGGCAAGAAAAAUGGAAAAUCAAAAUGCUGAAGGAACUAACAAUAAUUCGGAUAGAACACUUGAAUUUAUGGGAUCAUAUGCUAUUAAAACUCUUAAAUUGAAAUCAGAAAAAUGGCAAAGAGUUAUUACUUUAGAAGAACAUAAAACAAUUAUUAAAGAAUUUGUGGACCGUAAUAAUGUAAGCAUACUUAUAAUAAUUUUAACUCCUGCAGCGCAAUUAGUCCCUGUAACUACAUUUCCAUUGACUCAACUUAAAAGUAAAGGUGUUUAUUAUAUUAAAAAAAAACUCGAACCAGUACCACGCGAGAAUCCAGAAAAAUUUUUAAUAUUAGGGGAUUUAGCUGCAAGAUCGAUUGAUCAGCUUUCUUCAUUAGUUGAUCAAAUAUUUGUACCGUUAUUAUCAAAUGAAGAAAACUAUAAAGGAUGGCCAACAGUUGUGACUCAAGACGUUCAAAAGCAUGUCCAUAGUUUAAAAAGUACUGUACAUCAAGUUAAAGGACAAGUAAGUGGGCAUACAAUAUUGGCAAUGCCUGUUGGAGUCGAAAAAAUUGUUAAAGCUGCGAAAGCUCUUACUGAAACGAAAAGAUGUACAAUAGAUUUAUAUUUGAAAAGUGCUAUAGAAGGUGUUGUUAUUAAAUGGGCUAAACAAAUAAACGAUAUUAUGCAAGAAAAAUCAUCUGAUGUUUUUCUUAACAAACAACAUCCAAUUCCAAGUGUAGAAAUUGCAUUUUGGAACAGUCGUUUGGUGAAUUUAUCAUAUAUAUAUGAACAAUUGCAACAUGAAAAAAUAAGUUCAAUGGCACUUAUACUUGAAUAUACAGAGAGUGCAUAUUUCCCAUGCUUUAAAACAUUGUUCAAACAGGUAGUGACAGCUUUAGCUGAAGCUAAAGACGUAAGUCUAUUUUUAAAUCCAUUGCGUAAAUUGUUGCAACAGUUGGAAGAAAUCGAUUUUGCUGACUGUAAAACAAUAUUUCCACCUCUUAUGCAUAUGGUGUGUAAUUUAUGGGCGAAUUCCCGUUACUAUUGUCAUUCAUCUAAGAUUACCGUCUUAUUAAGGCAAAUAUGUAAUUUGAUAAUAUGCCAGGCAAAAAAAUUUCUUGAUCCAAUGUCAAUAUUUCAUUCAGAUAUAGAUGAGGCUAUGCAGAGAUUGGCAUUAUCAAUGCAAAUUUUAAAAUUUUUUCGUGAAGUUUAUGAUUAUUAUAAAGAGAAUUUAAUACAAUUUUUUCAUGAUGAAGGACGUCUUCCAAUAUUUUGGACAUUUCAUCCGAAUGCAGUAUUUGGAAAAUUUAAUGCUUUUUUGGAUCGAUUAAAUACUAUUCAAUGGUUUUUUUAUACCGUUAUCGAAUUUUUAAAAUUGGAAAAAAUUGAAAUUGGUGGUUUACGUGGUCGUCAAUUAAGUUCUAGAAUAACGGCUGUUUAUGUUGAAUUCAAUCAAUAUUUUACAGCUUUUUCAUCAAGAAGCUAUGAUGUUUUAGAUCCAGAUGAUUCAACAUUUAAUGAUGAUUUUGUUAAUUUUCAAGAGAAAAUUUCUGAAUUAGAUAUGAAAUUAGCAGCGAUUUUAUGUCAAGCAUUCGAUGAUUGUCACAAUUUAGAAAGCAUUUUUAAGUUAAUUCAUAUAGUUGGAAGUGUAUUAGAUAGACCGAAAAUAAAAGAGGAGUUUACGAAAAAAUAUACUGAAAUAAUUAGAAUGUUGGAUAUUGAGUUAACUAGGUGUGAGGGUAUUUUCAAUACAGAAGUUGAAUUGAUUAAAGUUGGAAAAUCAUUAUUCAUAAAUCAAAAUUGUCCACCAGUAGCAGCUUUAUUAAGAUGGUGUAGCCAACUUACUGAUAGAAUUUCAGUUCCUUUCAAGCAUUUUGAAGCUUUGCAACAUCCAAUUAUUUCAUCCCGAGAAGCACAAUCUACAAUAGAACGUUAUAAUAUAUUAAUGGAAAAUAUUGAUAAAUAUAAGAGUAAUGUUUUUAAAAAGUGGUCAGAUAAAGCUCCUAUUAUAAUAAAGGAAAAUUUAGAGAAAAAUUUAAUAUUGCAAAAUGAAAAAAAUAAUAAUUUAACACUUAAUUUUAGCUCUGAACUAUUUGCAAUUUUAAGAGAAGUUCAUUAUUUAAAGCUAACGGAAAAAGAAAUAAUACCAGAAGUUGCCUUAUCUUUUUCAGAAGAGAGUGAAUUUUAUCUUAGUCAUACUUUAAGUUUGAAAAAAACUAUUAAUUGGUACAAUCAAAUUUUGACAAAUAGCACUUUUGUUGAGUUUCAAUUGAUUAAAAGUGAAAUUGAAGAAAUUGAUGCUUUGAUUAAAAUCGGAACAAAUGAAUUAAAUUGGAAUUCAAAGAAUAUUACAGAUUAUUUAAAAACCUUACAAGAACCAAUAUCAAGUUUACAAUAUCGUGUAAAUCAAACCCAAAAUAAUUUAAAAGAAAUUCAAAAUAUAAUGUCAGCGUGGACGCGUGCACCAUUGUUUGAACGCAAAGAUGGUAGAAAAGAUUGUGUUUUAUGUCUAGAUGAUCGUAAUGAACGAAUUAAAAAACGUUACGCAGACAUUGAAUGUGCAUCUGAGAGAGUUCACAAAUUAUUGGAAGAAAAUAAAGAGCAAUUUAGAAUUGAUGUUCUUUUAGAAAAAAAAAUUUGGGAAGAUUAUGUUACAUUUAUAGACGAUAUAAUUUAUGAAAAUCUUUUGUUAACCGUUGGCGUUAGUAUUGGUUAUUUAGCUGAAAAUAUGAAUCAAUCAAAUAAUUACACUCCUUUAUUUGAAUCAAGACUUGAACUUUUAGAGCCUGAUAUUAUAUUUGUCCCAUCUUUAAAUCCAGAAGAUCCAAAAGGUUUUAGUCAUCUAUUAACUGAUUUAACAAACGAUAUUUUAAAAAUGUCAAGUUUUAUAACUCGUUUAAGAUUGGACGCGACGGAAACAUAUGAAGAAUUAAUUACAACUCAUACUGAUAUUGUAGAAAUGAAAAAUGAAAUUUUAGAAGGUGUACAAAAUGUGAUUGAUCAAGCAGCGGAUUUUUGCCGUGGAUUUGAAAGAUAUUCUUAUUUAUGGUAUGAUGAUCGAGCAGAGUAUAUGGAUUUUUUUUUGGAAUAUGGACGCACUUUGGAUUCCGAUGAAAUUGAACUUAUAAUAGCUAAAGAUCCAGCUGCACCCAAACCAUCUCCACCAACUAUUGAAGCAUUUAGAGAACAAAUAGACAAUUAUGAAUCAUUAUUAAGUGAAAUAGAGAAUAUAGAACCUUUCAAAAUAUUUAAUUCAUGGUUUCAAGUUGAUGUAAGACCAUUUCGGCAAAAACUUCUUAAUGUUGUUUGUAAAUGGGGAAAUAUGUUCAAAGAACAUUUAGUAAAUCGUGUUACAACGAGUCUUUUAGAUUUAAGCAGCUUUAUACGACGUGCUGACGAAGGGCUUUUACAGACUGUUGAAGAAGGUGAUUAUGAUGCUUUAGUUAGUAUUAUGGCAUUUUUAAUGCAAGUAAAAGAGCGCGGUACAUGCACUGAUGAAAUGUUUGAACCAAUGCAAGAUAUGGUGCAAUUAUUAAAAUAUUAUGACAUGGAUAUACCAGAAGAAGUUAAUGUUUUAUUGCAAGAAUUGCCAGAACAAUGGGCAAAUACUAAAAAAAUUGCAUUGGCAGUUAAACAACAAGUAUCGCCAUUACAAGCAACAGAAGUUGUUAGCAUACGAAAUAGAAUAUUAACUUUUGAAGGCCAUGUAGUUACAUAUCGAGAAGUUUUUAAAUUCUAUGAAUUUUUCAAAUAUCAAUGCGAAAGUCCAUAUGAACUUCUUAAUAGAAUAAAUAUUGAUGUAGAACAUUUGGAGAAUGUCAUGAAAGAUAUUCAAGAAUCUGGUAGCCUUUUUGAAGUAAAUGUUCCGGAGUUUAAAUUACUUCGUACAUGCAGAAAAGAAUUACGAAUGCUGAAGCAACUUUGGGACUAUAUUUAUAUUGUUCGAUCAUGUAUUAAAGAAUGGAAAACAACGCCUUGGCGCAAAGUCGAUGUUGAAAAUAUGGAUAUAGAAUGUAAAAAAUUUGCAAAAGAUAUCAGACUUUUAGAUAAAGAAAUGCGAGCUUGGGAUUCAUUUAUUAAGUUGGAAGCAACUGUGAAAAAUAUGUUAACAUCAUUAAGAGCUGUGGGUGAAUUACAAAAUCCAGCAAUUAGAGAAAGACAUUGGGAUCAAUUGAUGGUUGCUACAAAGAGCUUAUCAUCUUUGCCUAUAGAAAUCGAUGUUCAAUUUAUUAUGGACCGUGAUACAACUUUAGAUGAACUUUUGCGUCUUAAUUUGCAUCAGUGUGAGGAAGAGGUAAAAAACAUUGUUGACAAAGCAGUUAAAGAAAUGUCGAUGGAAAAAAUUCUACGUGAUUUGAAUACAACCUGGUCAGCGAUGGAAUUUGAACAUGAGAUCCAUCCAAGAACAAAAUGUUACUUGCUGAAAGCGUCCGAGGAAUUAAUCGAAACCCUAGAGGAUAAUCAAGUGUGUUUGCAAAAUUUAAUAACUUCUAAAUAUAUUACACAUUUCUUGGAAGAAGUGUCUCGUUGGCAAACUAAACUUUUCAAUGCAGAUCAAGUAAUAACUGUAUGGUUUGAAGUACAAAGAACCUGGACAAAUCUUGAAAGUAUUUUUAUGAGCUCCGAAGAUAUUCGUAAACAGUUACCAACAGAUUCUGAUCGUUUUGAUAGAAUCGAUUUAGAGUUUAAAACACUUAUAGAUGAAAUGUCAAUUACUUCAAAUGUAGUUGAAUCCACUAAUAGAGAAGGUUUAUGUGAGCGACUUGAGCUUUUACAACGAGAACUUACAUUAUGUGAAAAGGCACUAGCGGAAUAUUUGGAAACUAAGAGACUAGCAUUUCCAAGAUUUUAUUUUGUAUCUUCGGCUGAUCUUUUAGAUAUUUUAAGCAACGGUAUAAAUGCAGAAUCAGUGACAAAACAUUUAACAAAACUUUUUGAUUCAAUUGCACGUCUUCAUUUUAAUAAAAAUGAACAGGGAGAAGUCGAAACUGCCUCUGGUAUGUACGCGAAAGAUGGAGAAUAUGUCGAAUUUAAUAAUAUAACUGCUAUAACGGGUGCCGUAGAAGUUUGGCUUAACAGAGUUCAAGCAGCGAUGAGAUCAACAUUAAGAAAUAGUAUAGGUGAAGCUUGCCUAAGUUAUGAAGAAAAACAAAGAGAACAAUGGUUAUUUGAUUAUCCUGCACAAGUGUCAUUGUGCGGUUCUCAAAUUUGGUGGACAACAGAAGUAAAUAUUGCAUUCGGAAGAUUAGAAGAAGGUUAUGAUAACGCAAUUAAAGAUUAUUACAAAAAACAAGUAUCUCAAUUAAGCGUACUAAUUUCCCUUCUGUUGGGGGAAUUGAGCAAAGGGGAUAGACAAAAGAUAAUGACAAUUUGCACAAUUGACGUUCAUUCUAGAGAUGUCGUUUCUAAAAUGAUUCAAUCUAAAGUGGAAAGUGGUUCAGCUUUCAUGUGGCAAUCACAAUUGAGACAUAGAUAUGAUGACAAAGAAAAAGAUUGUUUUGCAAAUAUAUGUGAUGCUCAGUUUCGGUAUUCUCAUGAAUAUUUAGGCAAUACUCCACGUCUAGUUAUAACACCACUUACCGAUCGUUGUUAUAUAACGCUAACACAAUCACUACAUUUAAUAAUGGGGGGAGGUCCUGCAGGACCUGCUGGAACUGGAAAAACGGAAACAACAAAAGAUUUAGGAAGAGCUCUUGGGAUUAUGGUUUAUGUUUUUAAUUGCUCAGAGCAAAUGGAUUACAAGUCUUGUGGCAAUAUUUAUAAAGGGUUGGCUCAAACAGGGUCUUGGGGUUGUUUUGACGAGUUCAAUCGGAUAUCUGUUGAAGUAUUGUCAGUAGUGGCAGUACAAGUAAAAUCUGUGCAGGAUGCAAUUCGAGAUAAUAAAUCAAAAUUUAACUUUAUGGGCGAAAUUAUAACUUGCGUUCCUACCGUUGGCAUUUUUAUCACAAUGAAUCCUGGAUACGCAGGGAGAACCGAAUUACCGGAAAAUUUGAAAGCACUUUUUAGACCUUGUGCUAUGGUCGUGCCAGAUUUUGAAUUAAUUUGUGAAAUUAUGUUGGUUGCUGAAGGUUUUCAAGAAGCAAAAAUAUUGGCAAGAAAAUUCAUUACUUUAUACACCUUGUGUAAGGAACUUCUUUCAAAACAAGAUCAUUACGAUUGGGGUUUGAGAGCUAUCAAGUCCGUUUUAGUUGUGGCAGGGUCUUUGAAGCGUGGAGAUCCAGGGAGACCAGAAGAGGAGGUUUUAAUGAGGGCCUUACGUGACUUUAAUAUUCCAAAAAUUGUAACAGAUGACAUUCCAGUUUUCAUGGGUUUAAUCGGUGAUCUUUUUCCUGCUCUUGAUGUGCCAAGAAAACGCGAUCAAGAUUUUGAGAAAACAGUUAAGCAAGCUGCUGGAGAUUUACUAUUGCAACCUGAAGAUAAUUUUAUUUUGAAGGUAGUUCAAUUAGAAGAAUUACUUGAAGUAAGGCAUUCUGUAUUUAUCGUUGGAAACGCAGGAACGGGCAAAACAAAAGUAUGGAAAACUUUGUUUAAAACUUAUCAAAAUAUGAAAAGAAAACCAAUUUUCAAUGAUUUAAACCCGAAAGCGGUUACAAAUGAUGAACUUUUUGGAAUAAUAAAUCCUGCGACAAGAGAGUGGAAAGAUGGAUUGUUUUCAGUGUUAAUGCGAGAGCAAGCAAAUAUUGUUUCAGAUCAGCCGAAAUGGAUUGUUUUAGAUGGUGACAUUGAUCCAAUGUGGAUAGAGAGUUUAAAUACUGUCAUGGAUGAUAACAAAGUUCUAACUUUAGCAAGCAAUGAAAGAAUUGCUUUAACUCCAACUAUGCGUUUAGUUUUUGAAAUUUCCAAUUUAAGAACAGCAACUCCGGCUACUGUUUCCCGAGCUGGUAUCUUGUAUAUAAAUCCGGCCGACUUGGGUUGGAAUCCAUAUGUAACCAGUUGGGUUGAAGCGCGCACUAUUCCGUCUGAGAAGUCAAAUCUAGUUUUGUUGUUUGACAAAUAUAUACCUUUAUGUUUGGAGAAUAUACGAACAAGAUUUAAGAAAAUAACACCUAUUGCUGAAAUGGCUCAUAUUCAAAUGUUAUGCCAUUUAUUAGAUUGUUUGUUAGUGCCCCAAAAUACUCCAGCUGAUUGUCCAAAAGAAUGGCAUGAAAUUUAUUUUGUUUUCGCUUGUGUUUGGGCAUUUGGAUCUGCAAUGUUUCAGGAUCAAGCUAUUGAUUAUAGGGUUGAGUUUACUAAAUGGUGGGUAAACGAAUUUAAAACUGUUAAAUUUCCGCAAGGAGGAACGGUUUUUGAUUAUUUUAUUGAUUCGGAAACGAAACAAUUUCUGCCGUGGACCGAAAGACUACCAAAAUUUGAGUUUAGUGGGGAUGUUCCAUUGCAAGCUGUGUUAGUGCAUACAUCAGAAUCAGUUCGAGUGCGGUAUUUUUUGGAUGUGUUAAUGGAAAAUAAACAUCCGGUUAUGUUGGUUGGCAGCGCUGGUUCUGGGAAAACUUUACUUAUAAACGAAAAAUUGCAAGGGCUUUCUGAAAAUUAUGCAAUUACUAACGCUCCAUUAAAUUUUUAUACAACCUCUGAUAUGCUACAAAAAAUUCUUGAAAAGCCUUUGGAAAAGAAGGCUGGGCGCAAUUUUGGUCCACCAGGCAAUAAAACUCUUAUCUACUUUAUUGAUGAUAUGAAUAUGCCAAUGGUCGAUUUAUAUGGAACUGUUCAACCACAUACUUUAAUUAGACAGCAUAUAGAUUAUGGACACUGGUAUGACCGGAACAAAUUGUCGUUAAAAGAUAUUCACAAUUGUCAAUAUGUAUCAUGUAUGAAUCCAACCUCUGGUAGUUUUACAAUUAAUCAACGCCUUUUAAGACAUUUUUGUGUUUUUGCUGUGAGUUUUCCGGGCUCCGAAUCAGUUACAUCUAUCUUUACUCAAAUUUUGACUCAACAUUUUAAUAAUGCUGAACAAAAGUUCAAUAUUGCAGUUUCUAGAUUAACUAGUCACAUAGUGUCCGCUAGUAUUGCUCUACACAACAAAGUAUCACAAGUAUUCCUUCCUACAGCUGUGAAAUUCCACUAUAUAUUUAAUUUAAGAGAUCUAAGUAAUAUAUUUCAGGGACUCUUAUUUAGUACCAGUGAGUGCCUAACUAAUCCAACAGAUAUGAUAAGGUUAUGGCAGCAUGAAACUGCACGUGUUUACGGCGACAAAUUAACGGACGAGAAAGAUAUUGACAGCUUUAUCAAAAUGCAACAUGACAUAGUUAAAAAAUCAUUUGAAGAAAUUGAUGAGUCGGUGAUUUUUGAUAAACCAAAUAUAUUUUGUCACUUUGCUGGAGGAAUAGGUGAACCAAAAUAUAUGACGAUAAAAGGAUGGACUCAGUUGCAUAAACUUUUACAGGAAGCUAUGGCUUCAUAUAAUGACUUGGUAGCUGCUAUGAAUCUUGUUUUAUUUGAAGAUGCUAUGAUGCAUGUUUGCAGAAUAAAUCGAAUACUUGAAUCUCCUAGAGGAUCUUCUUUAUUAGUAGGUGUUGGUGGUAGUGGAAAACAAUCUUUGUCACGAUUAGCUGCCUUCAUAUCAAGUCUCGAAGUUUCUCAAAUACAGUUAAAAAAAGGCUAUGGUGUCACAGAUUUAAAGACUGAAUUAUCCGGUUUGUAUAUGAAAUCUGGAAUGAAAAAUGUUGGAAUUAUGUUUCUUAUGACCGAUGCUCAAGUUCCUAAUGAACUAUUUUUAGUUCCCAUCAAUGAUAUGUUAGCUUCUGGUGAAAUUCCAGAUCUUUUCCCAGACGAUGAAAUAGAAAAUAUUAUUGCUGGUGUAAGAAAUGAAGUGAAAGGUGCAGGUUUAGUAGAUUCAAGAGAAAAUUGUUGGAAAUUUUUUAUAGACCGAGUGCGCCGACAACUUAAAGUGGUUUUGUGUUUUUCUCCAGUUGGUUCAACUUUACGUGUCAGAUCACGAAAAUUUCCUGCUAUGAUUAACAGUACAUCUAUAAAUUGGUUUCACGAAUGGCCACAAGAAGCCUUAAUUUCAGUUGCACUAAAUUUUCUCAGUGAAACUGAGGUUUUGCCAGAACAACAUACGGAUGCUGUUUCUAAAUUUAUGGCUUAUGUGCAUACAUCAGUUAAUCAAUCUUCUAAGGCAUAUUUGCAAAAUGAAAGACGAUAUAAUUAUACAACUCCAAAAAGUUAUUUGGAGCAAAUAAGUUUGUAUAUAAAACUGUUAAAUCAAAAACAUGAUGAGUUACAAAAAAAGAUAUCUCGUUUGGAAAACGGUCUAGAAAAACUUAGGACUACUGCUGAACAAGUUGCUGAUUUAAAAAUAAAACUUGCUGUUCAAGAAGUUGAGUUAAAAGAGAAAAAUGAAGCAGCUGAUACAUUAAUAGAAAUAGUAGGUGUUGAAACGCAAAAGGUUCAAACUGAAAAAGCUUUAGCAGAUGAAGAGGAAAUGAAGGUUGCGUUGAUUGCAGAAGAAGUUACUAAGAAGCAAAAGGAUUGCGAAGAAGAUCUUGCUAAAGCUGAACCUGCACUUUUAGCAGCUCAAGAAGCCUUAAAUACAUUAAACAAAGCAAACUUAACAGAGUUAAAAUCAUUCGGUUCACCACCUGGAGCUGUUACUAAUGUAACAGCUGCUGUGAUGGUUCUUUUAGCACCAGGAGGUAAAAUACCACGCGAUCGUACAUGGAAAGCUGCAAAAAUUACUAUGGCUAAAGUAGAUGCAUUUUUAGAUGCUUUAAUUAAUUAUGAUAAAGAAAAUAUUCAUCCAGAGAUAAUAAAAGCUAUUCAACCUUAUUUGAAAGACGCAGAAUUUGAACCAGAAUUCGUUAGAUCAAAGUCUGCUGCAGCUGCUGGACUCUGUGCUUGGGUUAUCAAUAUCAUUAAAUUUUACGAAGUCUAUUGUGAUGUUGAACCUAAAAGAAAAGCGCUUGCACAAGCUAAUGCAGAAUUGAGUCAAGCAACAGAAAAAUUAUCUAUUAUUAAAAGAAAAGUUGCGAGUUUGGAAGAGCAACUUUCAAAAUUAACGGCUGAUUUUGAGCAAGCUACAGCAGAUAAGUUACGUUGCCAACAGGAAGCUGAUGCCACACAGGCAACUAUUCAGUUAGCCAAUCGUUUAGUAGGUGGUUUAGCCAGUGAAAAUGUACGAUGGGCCGAAGCUGUUAACAGUUUCGUUAAACAAGGUAUAACAUUACCGGGCGACAUCCUCUUGAUAACGGCAUUUAUUUCGUAUGCAGGCUCGUUUACCAAACAAUUUCGUUUAGACUUAAUGAAUAAAAUGUGGUACCCCUUCUUGAAAGCCAUAGAUCCACCUAUUCCAAUAACAGAUGCUAUAGAUCCAUUAAGUUUACUUACAGAUGAUACUACAGUUGCUAUUUGGACAAAUGAAGGAUUACCUAGUGAUAGAAUGUCCAUAGAAAACGCAACUAUUUUAUCGAAUUCUGACCGAUGGCCUUUAAUGAUUGAUCCACAAUUGCAAGGUGUAAAAUGGAUUAAACAGAAGUACGGAGACACAUUAAAUGUAACACGUCCAGGGCAGAAAGGUUAUUUAGAUGUAAUUGAAAAGGCUUGUAACAAAGGAGGCAUUGUUUUGAUUGAGAAUAUUGAUGAAAGUUUAGAUGCCGUUUUAGAUCCAUUACUUGGUCGAAGUCUAAUUAAAAAGGGAAAAGCAAUUAAAAUCGGUGACAAAGAAGUAGAAUAUAAUUCAGCAUUCAGACUUAUUCUUCAUACAAAAUUAGCCAAUCCACAUUAUAAACCGGAAAUGCAAGCUCAAACCACAUUAAUCAAUUUUACCGUUACUAGAGACGGUUUAGAAGAUCAAUUACUGGCAGAAGUAGUUAAGGCAGAACGACCUGAUUUGGAAGCUCUUAAAGCGGAUCUGACAAAACAACAAAAUGAUUUUAAAAUUAUGUUGAAAAAACUUGAAGAUGAUUUAUUGUCAAGAUUGUCUUCGGCAGGUGGUAAUUUAUUAAGUGAUACAGCUUUGGUAGAAAAUUUGGAAACUACGAAAAGAACGGCGGCUGAAAUAGAACAAAAAGUUCAAGAAACCAAAAUCACUUCAAAAGAAAUUGAUACUGCGAGAGAACAUUAUAGACCUGCAGCAGCAAGAGCUAGUUUGUUAUACUUUAUAUUAAAUGAAUUAAAUGCUAUUAAUCCGAUUUACCAGUUCUCUUUGAAGGCAUUUAGUGUAGUUUUCCAAAAAGCUAUUGGAAAAGCUGAUCCUGCAGACACUGUUGCAGAAAGGGUGAUAAGUUUAAUUGACUGCAUAACGUAUUCAGUUUUUCAAUAUACUUCCCGUGGUCUCUUUGAAUGUGAUAAGUUAAUUUUUACAUCACAAAUGACGUUUCAAAUUCUUCUCAUGAGCGAAGAGAUAACUUCUACAGAACUUGAUUUUCUUUUGAGAUUUCCAAUUAAACCACAUGUUAUCAGUCCGGUUGACUUCUUGUCAAAUUUUUCUUGGGGUGGUAUUUGUACAUUAUCAUCAAAAGAUGAAUUUCGAAAUUUAGAUAGAGAUAUUGAAACAUCAUCAAAACGCUGGAAAAAAUUAGUAGAAUCUGAAUUGCCAGAACGAGAAAAAUUCCCACAAGAAUGGAAAAAUAAAACUUCAUUACAACGUUUGUGUAUGUUAAGAGCACUGAGAGCUGAUCGAAUGACAUAUGCUCUAUCCGAUUUCAUACAAGAAAAGCUAGGAUCAAAAUAUGUUGAAAAUCGUACUGUUGAAUUCGCAAAGUCUUACGAAGAGGCCAGUUCUUCAACCCCAAUUUUUUUCAUUUUAUCACCUGGUGUUAACCCUUUAAAAGAUGUUGAACUUUUGGGAAAACAACUUGGUUUUACAGUUGACAAUGGAAAUUUUCAUAACGUAUCUUUGGGGCAAGGACAGGAAGUUGUUGCUGAAGCGGCAAUGGACGUUGCGGCCAAAAAAGGCCAUUGGGUUAUAUUGCAAAAUAUACAUUUAGUUCGAAAAUGGUUACCAGCCCUCGAGAAAAAGUUAGAAUAUUAUGCUGAAGGAUCACAUCCAAGUUACAGAGUAUUCAUGAGUGCUGAGCCAGCUUCUUCGCAAGCUUCUCAUAUAAUACCGCAGGGAAUUCUUGAAUCAUCAAUUAAAAUUACGAAUGAACCACCAACUGGAAUGAUGGCAAAUUUACAUAAAGCUUUAGAUAAUUUUACACAAGAAACCUUAGAGAUGUCAGGAAAAGAAGCUGAGUUUAAAGUGAUUUUAUUCUCCCUUUGUUAUUUUCAUGCUGUAGUGGCAGAGCGAAGGAAAUUUGGUCCACAAGGGUGGAAUAAAGUUUAUCCAUUUAACGUUGGCGAUUUAAAUAUAAGCGUUUCGGUAUUAUAUAACUAUUUAGAGGCAAAUUCAAAAGUACCUUGGGAGGAUUUAAGAUAUUUGUUUGGAGAGAUUAUGUACGGUGGACAUAUAACUGAUGACUGGGAUAGAAGACUUUGCAUAACAUAUUUAGAAGAGUAUAUGCAACCUGAUUUAGUAGAUGGUGAAUUACAACUUGCACCAGGUUUUGCUGCUCCACCAAAUACCGAUUACAUAGGAUAUCAUGCUUAUAUUGAUGAAACGAUGCCAGCAGAAUCCCCAAAUUUAUAUGGAUUACACCCAAAUGCAGAAAUCGGAUUUUUGACAACACGUUCAGAUAAUAUAUUUCGUACAGUUUUUGAAAUGCAACCUCGUGACGCUGGAUCAUCUGGAGGGGCGACAACCUCAAAGGAAGACAAAGUUAAACAAAUGGUUGAUGAAAUAAUGGAAAAACUUCCAGAAGAGUUUAAUAUGCUUGAAAUUACAAAUAAAGUUGAAGAAAGAACACCUUAUAUUAUAGUAGCAUUUCAAGAAUGUGAACGUAUGAAUUACCUGACAAAUGAAAUAAAAAGAAGUUUAAAAGAAUUGGAUUUAGGUUUAAAGGGUGAAUUAACAAUAACGUCCGAUAUGGAAGAAUUAGAAAAUGCAUUAUUCUUAGACCAAGUUCCACCCAUUUGGGCAGCUAGGGCUUACCCUUCAUUACUAGGACUAACACCAUGGUUUGUAGAUUUGCUUCUUAGACUACGUGAAUUGGAAACAUGGUCUACAGAUUUUGUGUUACCAUCUUGUGUCUGGUUAGCUGGAUUCUUUAAUCCGCAAUCUUUAUUAACGGCUAUAAUGCAAAGUACCGCAAGAAAAAAUGAAUUACCUUUGGAUAAAAUGUGUUUACAAUGUGAUGUUACAAAAAAACAAAAGGAAGAUUUUACAACUGUCCCAAGAGAAGGCGCUUAUGUUCAUGGAAUUUUUAUGGAAGGUGCCCGAUGGGAUGUUCAAAAAGGAAUAAUUAUGGAAUCACGACUGAAGGAACUUUAUCCAUCAAUGCCAGUAAUUAAUAUAAGGGCUAUCACACAAGAUAAACAAGAUUUACGAAAUAUGUAUGAGUGUCCAGUUUAUAAGACACGAACCAGAGGUCCAACAUAUAUUUGGACAUUUAAUUUAAAAACAAAGGAUAAACCUUCAAAAUGGACUUUGGCCGGAGCAGCUUUAUUACUUCAAAUAUAAACACAAAAAAAAACAUAUUAUUAACAAAAAAGAUAAAUUAGAAAAAAUGCAAUUUCAUUUAAAUUUU